AUGCAAGAUUAUGAAGAAUUAUGGAAAAAGCGAAUGCAAAAUGUUGAAAUGGCUCAAAGAAUGUCGGGUAAAAAGCCAACGAUACGUCCUACGAAAGAAACAUUAAUAUCUUGCUAUCAGCGGGAAUUAGCACUAGUCAAAAGCACUGGGAAUCAGGUUACUGCUUGUAAUAGUAUUAUCACAUUGACGUAUGCUCCAUGUACAGAACCACUCUCAUCUCUACGUCGUGUACCCCUGACUGAAUUAGUUUUAGAAACUGUUCAUCGAGGCAAAUAUGUGGUAUUUAAAACACUAAUGGAAUCAGACAAAGCAGUUGGUAUAAGAACAGUUAUAGAAGAUCCAGAAGGAAAUGUUGAUUUGUUCUCGUUGUAUAAUUAUGCUCUGGAUAAACAUUAUUUGGACAUCUUACCCGUCGGAAUUAUAAUUGCAUUAAAAGAGCCAUAUUAUAAAGUGACGGCUGGUGGAGGUACAAUGUUGCGUUGUGAUCAUCCGCAAAACGUCAUCUAUCUCGAUGCUGAUGAUGCUCUAGUGCGACAGCUUACAUGGAAAUCUGGUGUGCCGAAUUCAACACUUGAAAAUAAGAAAUUACUAUCAUUUGAUGAAUAUAGACUGAAGGGCAACGAAUUGUUCCGACAAGAAAAAUAUUAUGAUGCAGUAGCUAUAUAUACAAAAGGUUUAGCCUCAACUUCGUCUGAGUCCAAUAUUAUCACUCUUAGGCUAAAUCGAGCAGCUGCUCUCCUCAAACUAGAACAUUACGAAGCUACACUGGAUGAUUGCAGAAAAAUAUUGGAGUUAAAUGUAGAAAAUGAGAAAGCACUGUAUCGUGCAGCCAAAGCCUUUUAUGCUCUGGAAGAGUCCGAAAAAGCAUUGAUCAAAAUGCAAUUGUAUCCAAAAGUUACUUCUAAUAAAACAGAAGCAGAGAACGAACUUCAACGUAUUAGAGAUAGACUUCAUGAAAAACAGCAUGGAAUCUACGAUUGGAAUGUAAUGAAAGUUGAAGCAAAAACAUUAUCGACACCUCGUCUCGAUCAUGCAUCUUAUAUUGGUCCUGUUCGGAUCAUAAACAUAUCAAAUGAAAGAGGUCGAGGACUGGUAUUAACACGAGAUGUUCGAAAAGGAGAAUUAUUACUAUGUUCGAAGGCUUUUCAGGUCUGCUAUCCGUCCGAGGCUGGUCUUGUCACAUACUUUAACAUGGAAACCAAGCUGAGUGAUAAAGGUGCACAGGGAAUGAUUUCACAGAAAGUCGUACAUAAACUUAUCAACAAUCCAAGUUUGGCCAGAGAAUUUUUCAAUUUAUACGCAGGAAAUCAUCGAUUGGCUAAAAUACCUCCAAUUAUCUCAACUCCUCCAGUAAUUGAUGCUUUCUGGGUUGGUGAUAUAUGCAGUAUGAAUGCUUUUGCCCUCCUAGACUGUGAUCACAAUCCUCGAGAAGAUACAAAUAGUACUUUUAGAUACAGUUACCUAGACGACAAUCCCAGUGCAGUAUUUUUAAUGUCCUCAUACAUCAAUCAUGCUUGUUAUGGCAACUGCUUACCAAGUUUUAUUGGAGAUAUGAUGAUAGUUCGUGCCAGUAACGAUUUGCCGAUAGGUACAGAACUAUUGAUGAGCUAUUCGGACUUAUUUUUCGAUCUUGAAACAAGACGAAAAGUAAUGACGAAACACGGAUUCGUUUGCACUUGUGAACUCUGUCGACUAGAUCAAGCAGAAUCUGCAGCGGUGCGAAAUCAAAGAAAAGUUGCAUUUGAAACGUAUCAACGUGAAGUUUUCUCAAAAAUAAAACAAGGACAAACAUGUAACCUUGGAAAAACAAUCAAAACAGCGGAAAAUAUCGUCAACCAGAUCGAAAAGACAUAUGAAGAGUCGAAUCGCAAACAAUAUCGAAUCGAAUUAUGUUUGCCAUUAUUUGUUCUCGCAAAAAUAUUUUUUUCCAACGGGAAUCUCGAGAAGGCUAUUGAUAAAUGCAUGAAAGUAAUAAAAAUACAUGAAUUUGGCACAAAGAAAAGCAUAUGGACAUCAUGUCUUUUUCCUGCUAUGCUUCAAUUAUCUCUAAUGUAUUAUGGCACAGGACAGACGAAAAUGGGGCAGCUUUGGUUAGAAAAGUUACGCACUGAACUGUCUAUUACAGCUACGGGUGAUGACAAAGUGUUUUCAGAAGAGCAUCGUGAACAAUUCAAAAGAUUCGGAGUCGAUUUAUAAUAUUCUAUAUUUACAUUGGUCAGUUUUUGAGAUAUAGUAUAAACUACUUUUACGAUUGUCAUAAUCAUUUAUUUGAAUACACUUUCCUAUACUUAAAAUGUGAAAAAUCUGAGUGCAUAGUGGGUUUGGGUGUAAUAUAUUUUCUUUUGACACCCACACUCACUCUAUGAAAGGAAAUUUUAUUAUAAUGCUUAACAUAUAAGUAAAAGAUUCCCAUCUCUUAUAUAAAAAAAAGAAAAAAAACAUAUUAUCCAAUUUCAUAUGCUGCUCUUUGUCUUUCUCUCUCUCUCGAUCAUUAUUAUCGUUAUCUAAUAUUACUUAUUUAUCAUUUAUUUAAUUUCGAUAUUUUUUUGAAGAUUUAAAUAUCUAUUGAAAUAAGUAUUUUAAUUAUGGAAAAAAAGUUUUUGAACGCUAUUAUAAAAAGAUUAUUUUACUAAAUAAAUACAGAAUUGAUUUAUUUUCUUUCUCAAAUCUAUUUACUGUUGACUGAAUUUUCACCAGAACGUGUAUUUCUUUAACUUUAAAGAUCAAUUCUUGAUAAAAGGGUGGGGAUGGGAGUGUAUAAAUAUCUAUCUCUACACUGACACCCACACUCACACCAUAGAAUAUUUCUCCUAGUUUCAACUGAUUGUAAAAAGGAUGAAUUCAAAUGAUUUCAACCAAGUUCUACAGGGUGUUGCAAAACCUUUGUCUCCCCCUGGUUCGACCUUUAGGUAAAAUGAUUUCACUAAGUAUUUUAUACCAAAUUGAAGCCCGUAAAAAACUGCAUUUAUUGGUACUAAAUAGUAAAGGUUUAUAAAGAUCUUUCAAUAUCGAAGUUCCGAGAUUUUCAGAAAUUUGAUACCUUUUUUGGUGUAGA